CAUGUCAUAAAAAUGUAGAAAAAAAGAUUCAAAAAAAUUUCACCUUCACUCUAAAACUCAUUUAAAAAUAUCUUUUCUUUUCUAAAUUCAAAAUUCUAAAUUUUUCGCCAGAUUUCCUUUUGACAUUGCAAAAGCAGUAAAAUGAGUAAAAGACCUUUAGGUCCCGGACCCGGCGCUUAUAUGCUGCCGCCGAAUGUCGGCUAUGAGAAUCACGAUGCACGUAAGCAACGUAUGCCACAGUAUUCGUUUGGCACGCGCUCAUACAGGCAUGAGAAACUAAUUGGCCCAGGACCGGGAGCCUAUAAGGUGGAUACUUUGACACGUUAUGGCAUAAGUCGUGGAAAUCAAUUUACGAUCCAGGGCAGAACAUAUGUGAAAGAGAAACGAUUUGGCCCAGGACCUGGUGCACAUGAUGUACACCUGAAGCCAUUCUUUAAGGGCACCGAUGCGCCAGCAUAUUCAAUGUCUUGGCGCACGGCCUAUAACUUCAAGAGCUCUACACCUGGCCCCAAUGCAUAUGGUGUAGAUGUGUCGCCAAUCAAACCCGGAUUUCCAGCAUACAGCAUGGGCAUGCGGUGUGGUAUAUCGGGUAAACAACAUUCUCCUGGACCAGCAGCUUAUGGUGCUGGAAAUCUAUCGGUGAAACUACCACGAAGUCCUGAGUAUUCUAUUGCCGGACGUAAUCCCUUCUAUUACAAACAAAUUGGCCCUGGUCCGAACUACUAUGAUCUAAUGUACUAUCGUCCCGGCAAAUCGGGACAAGCGUACUCGUUCGGUAUACGACACAACGACUUUGCGCCACCAAUGAUUGUUAAGUGUGAUAAUAUGUGAUUGCAAUAUUAAGAUGAAAUCAUAUUUAUUUAUUUUUUGGUACUUAUUUUAAAGAAAAAAGUUUUGCAAGUUUUACUAAAUUAUACAAUUGAUUAUAUAACAAUAAUAAAAUAAAUCGAAAUAA